CAACUGAGCGGGUCCAUAUAGUGCAGCACGUAAUAACACCGCUUGGCUAUCGAACAUUUCAAGCAAGAAAAGCUGGUUAUAGUGAAUUUGUGUGGAACAUUGCUCGUAGUACCAACGGUUUACUACGCAUAUACCCUUCAUAGAACACUACGUUGAGUACGUUGAAACCUUGCAACACUACUUGCAAGCAAAGCCCGACGACUUACGCCGUUUCAGACCUUAACGGUUGAUUUUUAUUCCUUUUCCCAAAAUGAGUACCGCGGAUGCUGUACCUACCCCCGAUGUGGACUCCAAAGAUGUUAAAGAGACAAAAGAAAAGCGUGGUGAGAAGCGGUCAGCAGACACCGAGACAAACGGCAAAGAAGAGCAAAAUAAAAAACUUCAAAAAGGCACAGAAAACGGAGAUGAUUAUGAAGAAGAGGAGGACGAGGAUGUAAACGAGGACGAAGAGGAUGAUGAAGACGAACCGGAAGAGGAGGAACCUGAAGGAGAAGAUGACGAUGAAGAAGAUGAUACAAAUGACGUUCCUGAAGACGACGAUGAAGAGGAAGAUGAGGAAUAAUUGGGAAUUCACCAAAAAGCUUCUAUCGUGCAAUUCUCCAGUCCUCUCCAUAUCCGUGUUCUUGUUCCAUCCAGCUGUUUUACAUGAUAUAGAAACAAGCCCAUUUCCAAACCGAAGCAAGACAGUUCUCUGUUUAACAAGAAUUUUAACACUGUGCUCCACCUGUUUCUCUUUUUGGUUGUGAACAGUUGGCGGCGAUUUCGUUUAUUUCUCAUGAGUAAUUUUUAGCGGUGUGUAUUCAGACAAACGGACAAGUAAAAUUGGUGUAUGUGUACUUACUGAAGUUUUCUCGGGAAAAUGGUUGUUUGGCCGGUUUUUCGGCCGUACCGAAGAAUCAGUUGUAUCUCCGAACAUUCUGCUGCUUUGCGAUCCAAAUACAGCAAUUUUGUUUUCUUUUUGUAUUUUCGUUUUAAACCCGCGCUGUGGUAUUCUUGGUUGAACUUGUAUGGAGUUUUUGGUUGAACGUUUAAUUUAUUGCACAAAAAAUGUGAGUUACUGCA